AGCAAACUCUUGUCAGAGUGGACACACACCAAAGAAAUUGUGGGAUCCUUGAAAUAUUUUACCUGUACAAAUUCCAUGUGGAAGUCCAUAUGCUGAGGCUGUGUGUCGUGUUCAUCUGCCUUUUGUAUGGGGUGAAAACAGAUCCCGGGGAGACAUGUUCCAUAUUCACAGCUCUCAGCAUCGGCAACGCUUUGAUAGGGACAGACCUGAAAGUCAAGCUGCUGCUCUACACCAGACAGAACCCACACUGCGCUGAAGAGCUCAGUUCAACAGCCUCCAAGUACCUAGAUGUGAGCAAGAAAACCACCUUCAUCAUCCACGGAUACCGGCUCACAGGCUCUCGCCCAGUCUGGAUCCCCGACCUGGUGCAGCUCCUGCUCUCUGCGGAAGACAUGAACGUCAUUGUUGUGGACUGGAACCACGGGGCAACAACUCUCAUCUACAGCAACGCUUCCAGAAACUGCAAAAGAGUUGCCGAGAUUCUCAAGAAACUUAUGGAUGAAAUGUUGAUUGCUGGAGCAUCGCUCGCCUCCUUCCACAUGAUCGGGGUGAGCCUGGGCGCACACAUCUCGGGCUUCGUGGGGCAGCUGUUCGGCGGCACGUUGGGCAGGAUCACGGGCCUCGACCCCGCAGGCCCCUUGUACCGGGGAAAGCCGCCCAGCGAGAGGCUGGACCCCACAGACGCGCAGUUUGUUGAUGUUAUCCACUCGGACACCGAUGGACUGGGUUACACAGAAGCUCUAGGCCACAUUGACUUCUACCCCAACGGCGGGACCGACCAACCUGGCUGCCCACUGACGAUAUUCUCUGGGUUGCAGUAUUUUAAAUGUGACCACCAGAGGUCUGUUUUGCUGUUCAUGUCAUCCCUGAAACAGAGCUGCAAUAUCACCGCGUACCCGUGCGACUCCUACCGAAAUUACAGGAAUGGCAAAUGUACCAGCUGCGCAACUUUCUGGCCGAUGCCGUGCCCUAUCCUAGGUUAUUACGCCCAUAAGUGGAAAAGCUAUUUAACGCAACAGAGCCAUCCAGUGACAAGUAUGUUUUUUGAUACAGCCGACAAAGAGCCGUUUUGCAUUUAUCACUACUUUGUGGAUAUUAUUACGUGGAACAAAGAUACCAGAAGAGGCACCUUCAGUGUCGUACUAAUUGAUGAAUCUGGGAAUAAGGCAAAAUCGAAAGUUAACCCAGAAGCCGCAGCCUUUCAGCAGUACAACCAAAUCACUUUGCUAAUUGGAUUCGACCAGGACUUUGAAAAUGUAGAAAGAAUUUCCUUGACAUUUUCCACGGGAUCUGUCAUUGGCCCCAAAUUCAAACUCCGGAUUCUCCAAAUGAGGUUCCGGUCACUUACAAACCCAGAGAGACCACAGCUGUGCAGGUACGACUUCGUCCUGACGGAGAACACCAAAAAGACCUUCAAGCCCAUCCCGUGCUGGCGCAGGAGCUGAGCCCGGAGUGUUAUUUCUGAAUGUUAUGUCAGGCCUUGGAAUAUGUUUCCACAGCCCGUGGGGACUCACCUCAAAGUUCCUUCGCGGAGACCGAGCGGCGGGACCCUCUUGUGGAGGCUGAGAUUUGUAAAUGGGGCUGUGGAAGGCCAAAAUAAGAACUGCGGGGUGUGGAAGUGACAAAA